ACCGAGUAGCGAACCCUUUGUAUGGAGGUGAUUCAGACACUUACGAGUGUUUGUUAUCUUUGGUUUAAGAAGAACUAUUCCAAAGAUUACAUGUGAAAUGAAACAUUCGUGAAGUUUAAGUGAUCUAUAGACAUUUUCUAAAUGCCGUUGCGAUGCUUACUGUGUAGAGCCGAUGGCGGAAGAGGGCAAAUUCUCUGCAGCGAACCUGCACUAGGCCUAGUCAAUCUCUCUGUCCAUAUAUGGACUAGAUAAACUUUGAUGUGUAGUGCAUUAAGACGCAUAGGUAUUGUUUGCUCUUUUCCUACUCGUAUGGAGGACACCGUACGCUCUUAAUUUAUCCGAUGUCAUUAUACUCGGGUAUUCAACAGAAUUAAGGAAAUAAAACAUUCACCCCCUGGUGGAAGGACCUAAUCUUUGACACCAUGUCAGACGAAGAAGAUAAGCCUCCAGCACCACCUGUUCGACUUACUAGCAACCGCGGUGAUGCUGCCAACAACUUGCCUGUUGACAUGCGACCAUUGCCCAAGGAACCAGAUGCUGAUGAUAAAAAGAAAAAGACAUUGAAAAGCAAAAUGCGCAGUAAAACAAAGGGCACUGAAAGUGACAAACCAAACAUAUCAUAUCCUACAAAUUUUGAACACACGGUUCAUGUGGGAUUUGAUGCGGUUACAGGGGAGUUUACGCUGCCAUGUAAAGGUAUGCCGGAAGCAUGGGCACGUCUUCUUGUCAACUCAAAUAUUAGCAAACAGGAGCAGAAAAAGAAUCCCCAAGCAGUUCUUGAUGUUUUAAACUGGUUUGAUCACUCAAGCAAGGAGGUGAAGGGUUCAAAGUACAUGACAACAACAAAGAUGGUUGGAAUUAUUCCAAGACCCAGCUUACCAAAUCAAAACACUCGACAACAGGAAGUUUCGCAUUCAUCGUCUCAUUCGUCCCAUUCAUGUGGACAUCCAUCUUCUUCUAGCCCAACUAGCUCAAGUACCCCUGAUACAGAAGGUGGAACUAUUCCAUCAACAGGUACAGGUACUGGAACAGGCACAGGGAGUGAGCACGAAGAGGAACCUCCACCUCCUCCCAUAGCAGCUCGUCCAGAACGUACCAAAUCAAUUUACACAAAACCUAUUGAAGUUGACUCUCAACAGUCACUUCGUUCAACAACUGCCACCACUAACGGUUCUGCAACUCUGGACAAAAAUAAAAAUGUCAAUAACAUUGUAGCUGCAGUCCCCGUUAACAAUGCAGGAACAACUGAUCCCAGAUCUCCUGGUGAUAAGAGCAGAAAAAAGAAAAUGUCUGAUGAGGAAAUUUUGGAAAGAUUAAGAACUAUAGUCAGUGUUGGUGACCCAAAUCGAAAGUACACAAAAAUGGAGAAGAUAGGGCAAGGGGCGUCUGGUACUGUGUACACUGCAAUUGAAACAUCAACUGGUAUGGAGGUGGCUAUUAAACAGAUGAAUCUAUCACAGCAACCUAAGAAAGAACUUAUCAUUAAUGAAAUUCUCGUCAUGCGGGAGAACAAACACCCCAAUGUUGUAAACUAUUUAGAUAGCUAUCUAGUUGGAGAGGAGUUAUGGGUGGUGAUGGAGUAUCUUCCUGGAGGCUCAUUAACAGAUGUUGUCACUGAAACGUGUAUGGAUGAAGGGCAGAUAGCUUCAGUGUGUCGAGAAGUUCUUCAGGCCCUUGAGUUUUUGCAUUGUAACCAAGUUAUUCACAGGGAUAUUAAAUCCGACAAUAUUCUUCUGGGUCUUGAUGGCAGUGUCAAACUAACUGACUUUGGUUUUUGUGCACAAAUUUCCCCUGAACAGUCUAAAAGAACCACUAUGGUUGGCACUCCUUACUGGAUGGCACCUGAAGUAGUUACACGCAAACAAUAUGGACCCAAGGUUGACAUCUGGUCAUUGGGUAUUAUGGCUAUUGAAAUGAUAGAAGGCGAACCACCUUAUCUUAAUGAGAAUCCUUUGCGGGCUUUGUACCUGAUUGCAACAAAUGGAAAGCCUGAUAUUAAAGAAAAGGAAAAAUUAACUCAAAUUUUCCAAGAUUUUCUGGAUCAGUGUCUUGAAGUUGAAGUAGAAAAGCGGUCUGGUGCAUCAGAGCUACUGAAACAUCCAUUCUUAAAACUAGCAAGACCCUUGGCUAGUCUAACUCCCUUGAUAAUGGCUGCAAAGGAAGCCGCUAAAAGCCACUGAGUUUUAAUGACAUAUGAAGAAGGGGUUUCAGACUGCGUCUACUGGUGACCACUCAUUCACUAUAGGCUGUUUGAAUUUGUAAAUUUGUACUGUAGGCCCUAGUGUUCUAGCUGCCAAGAUAAAGUUUAUAUAUAUACUUUUGUAGAUGAUAUGUACUUUCAAACGAUGUCACAUUUCCACUGUAUUCAAGGUCCGAAUUCCUUUCUUGAAUUUGCAGAUGUAGGUAUGAAGUGUGAUUUCAGGGACAGUUCCAUCUUAUUUCUAAAUUAAUAUCGUAUAAAUUAUUUGGUCUUACACAAGAUUUUGAGUGCCAUUUUUGACUUUAAGACAUCUGUGAUUUUGAGGAACUUUGAAAUGCUUUUAACUCUUAGCCAUGGUCAAAAUGAAGUUGAUUCUGUGAUCUAAAAAAUGAAGGCAGUAUGCGUUUGUUAAUCUGUAGUGAGGAGUGGUUGCCUAUCAUGUACUGUAUAGUGACAUAUCUAAAAAAGAAGGACAUUAUUUAUGAAAAUGAUUAUCUAAUUUUACAUCUAUAAUGAUGUCAUGCAUUUAUUUUAAACAUCAGUCAUUAUGUGAUGAAGAAUACCAAUUAAAUGAUUACUAUAUUGUAAAUUUUUAAUCCAUGAAUCUGAAUGGAUUAUUUUUGUUUUUGUAUAAAAUGUCAUGAUUGUACUGAUGUGUUUAUUUCCUUCAUAAUGACUAUUUUUUAAAAGGUCCCUCUGGACUAUCCAGUGUGUUUCUCAAUCAGGGUUGUCAAGACAAGUACCUCUAGAUAGUUUGUCACUUUUUUCUUUUUCUCCUUGGUCUUUAUGGACCUGGACAUGCUUUUGAAUAUCUGAUUGGUGCAAUGGUGACAUUGCCCUCUCUAUUUUCAGUCUUUCUCUUUUCUUUUUAUAAAUUUUGUGUUAUUUACUGGUAUUAUUAAGGCUAAUGGGCUUAUGAUGUAGGAUUGGGUAAUUUUCAUUGCGGCUGGCAUUUGUUGACUGCUGAGUUUUUUAACUACCUGUCUUUUUAAUCUGUGUCUUGAAAAAACAGAACCCAACCUCUUAAAUUUUGUUUUGUUCUUUUUUUCUUUUUCUUUUUUUGUGUGUGUGUGUUCAAAUCAACCCUGUAGAGGAGGACUGUUGCUUUUAACGUGACUGUUGGCUAAGGCAUUGUGGGUGGCUUCAAUUAGUCACAGUACAUUUUGUAUCUUUCAUAAGAUACCCAGCGAUGUGUCCAGUUCAAUGUCCUAACAUUUGCUGUUUCUUUUCUUUGUUAGGUUGUGAUCAAAUGACAAGUAUUAAUAAGACCGCUUUCUUAACUUCAUGUCUAUCUCUGAAUAGUUUUUAUCACCUUUUGUUGUCUUUCUCAAGGAUUCUUUUGCAGUUGCCAGUGCGUCAGUUAUAUACUCCUUGGUAUUUUUUUAAAAUUUAGACCAUACCUGUGCUGUGGAAAAAGAACAUUCUCUUCUCAUUUUUUUACUUAUGGUCUCCUAACUCCAAUUAGAAGCACUAUCUGCUGCUAUCUAUCUACUUAUAAAGAUUGUGUCUGCAAUGUGUGAUAUAUAUCUUUAGCUGAGUCAUGGAAGAGAAUUUUUUUAUUUACUCUGUAGGUAAAAUCAAAUUAAGUACACAUGAAUGUUUGUUUUGUUGCCAUAUUAUUCUAAAAUUAAUUGCUGCAUACUUACAGAAAUCCCAUGAAAAGCUCUGAGAAAUCCAAAUAUUGAAAUGAUACACAUUGUCAAUUAAAUUACUUUUAUCAAUGAUUGCCUUUCAUUAUUGUAUAGUUUUGGUAGCUUCUUUGUGCGAGCAAUGUCUUCAAGAAAAGCAAGAUUUAAUUACUCAAUCAGUUUUUGCUUAUGCCCAGUGUGCUCCCCAACUUUUUUUAAAUACCAGUUUUUAAUUUUGCCUUGGUAACUUUAUUUUAUUGUACACAUUUAGUAAAUUAGGUCUCUCUUUGUUUUGUUUUAUUUGCUCUUACAGUAACCUAUUUAAAAGGUAAAUAAAAUAUAGCUAGUAUUGUUUGUAUGGCCGGGCCUAAUAUUUGGCUACAGUACUGGUGUAUUAUCUAGCUAUGUAUAAGAUUAUUAAGUUCCGAUGUUUGUCAGCAGCAUAUGGAUCUACUUGUGACAAUUGCCUAAACCGAAGGAUGUGUAAUGUAGUGCAUUUUAUUUUAUGUUGCAAGUCAGCAGUAUUAGAUAUUGGUCCUCUCUACCAUCUUGUUUUAAGUGAUGUACUGUACCUUCAGCCUUUUGCUUUGAUGGAAUUUUGAUUUGAAUUUCCUGCCUUUGUGAUUUUAACUUCUCUACUUCUAGUUUAAUCUUGUUUUGUUUUUCUCAUUUUCUUUUUACUUUGAUAUACAUGGAGUUGCAAUUUGUCCAUCACUAUGAAAACAUUCAUAGUUUUAGACCAAUCAAUGCAGUAAAAUCCUCUGAAAAUAAUAAGUAUAUUAUUGGGUA